AUGACUGCGCUCGCCGGUGGGCCGGUGGGCCGUUACAUGAUUGACACUUGUGGAAGCAUUAAAUUGAGUGAUGCAAACUUCAAAUUAGAAUUUCGAUCUGUUUCUGAUUGGUUUGAAAUGCGAUUGGACUUGAUUCUCCUGAAUCGGACAUUGCUUUUGUCUUAUAUUGAUGUUCGAGAUUUUGGGGAUUGGAGCGACAUCGCAGGGAAGUGUUUGAGCGUUCUCAGCGUCGUUGUGUUUUCGGGAUCAUCUACAUUGGAUGCGUUUGUUUCUGAAGCUGCUUUGGCGUUGGACAAUGCUUUUAGGAUAGUAGAAUUGCUAUUGCACAUGACAGGGUUCACUUCCAAUGGCAACUCUCCUCGAAUUAUUGAAAUUUUGCACAGUGCAGUGCAAAAUCUGUCUUGGAUGCAAAUGACGGACAAGAUGACACAAGAUGCAGUUUUCUGCUACGCUUUUGUCUUUUCCAUGAGAGAUCUGGAUCCAGCUUUCCAGGGAGCUGGACAAAAGGCGUAUCCUGCUUCUCGAUUACAUAUUGUGUUUUUCACUAUUUAUCAGAUUUAUUUAAGCGGACUUGAAAUAUGGCGUAUUGAGAAUUUUAAUCCAGUUCCUGUCCCAAAGUCCUCUUAUGGGAAAUUUUUCACUGGAGACUCCUAUGUGAUCUUAAAGACAACUGCAUCAAAAAGUGGUGCUCUGCGCCAUGACAUCCAUUACUGGCUUGGUAAAGACACCAGUCAGGAUGAAGCUGGUGUUGCAGCCAUCAAAACAGUUGAGAUGGAUGCAGCUCUUGGAGGACGUGCUGUUCAGUAUCGUGAAGUGCAAGGCCAUGAAACUGAAAAGUUCCUGUCUUAUUUCAAACCAUGUAUUAUCCCUCAAGAAGGUGGAAUUGCUUCUGGCUUCAAACAUCCUGAAGCUGAAAAACAUAAAACACGGUUGUUUGUUUGCAGAGGAAAACAUGUUGUACAUGUCAAAGAGGUUCCAUUUGCGAGAGCUUCACUGAACCAUGAUGAUAUUUUUGUUCUGGAUACUGAAUCAAAAAUUUUCCAAUUUAAUGGUUCCAAUUCAUCUAUUCAAGAAAGGGCUAAAGCUUUGGAAGUUGUACAGUAUAUUAAAGAUACCUACCAUGAUGGGAAAUGUGAUGUAGCUGCUGUUGAGGAUGGAAAGUUGAUGGCUGAUGCUGAAACUGGGGAAUUCUGGGGUUUCUUUGGGGGAUUUGCUCCUCUUCCACGAAAAACAGCCGGUGAUGAUGAUAAGCCUACUGAUUCUCACCCUCCGAAGCUGCUCUGUAUUGAGAAGGGCCAGGCAGAACCUGUGGAGGCUGAUCCUUUGAAAAGGGAAUUAUUAGACACAAAUAAAUGCUAUAUUCUUGAUUGUGGGUUUGAAGUGUUUGUCUGGAUGGGAAGAAAUACCACGCUUGAUGAAAGAAAAAGUGCAAGUGGAGUUGCAGAUGAGUUAGUUAGCAGCACUGAUAAACUGAAACCCCAAAUAAUUCGUGUGAUAGAAGGAUUUGAAACAGUGAUGUUCAGGUCCAAAUUUGAUUCUUGGCCUCAGACAACUGAUGUAACAGUAUCUGAAGAUGGUCGUGGCAAGGUAGCUGCUCUUCUAAAACGUCAAGGAGUAAAUGUGAAAGGCUUGUUGAAAGCUGAUCCAGUGAGGGAAGAACCUCAACCCCACAUCGAUUGCACAGGACAUUUGCAGGUUUGGCGUGUGAACGGUCAGGAAAAGAUUCUUCUUCAAGCUUCUGAUCAGUCAAAAUUUUAUAGUGGAGAUUGCUACAUCUUUCAGUAUACAUAUCCUGGAGAGGAUAAAGAAGAUUGUCUUAUUGGAACUUGGAUUGGAAAGAAUAGUGUUCAGGAAGAACAAGCUUCAGCUAACUCAUUGGCAAGCUCAAUGGUUGAGUCAAUGAAGUUUCUUGCUUGCCAGGCUCGUAUAUAUGAAGGCAAUGAACCAAUUCAAUUUUAUUCUCUCCUCCAAAGCUUCAUUGUUUUUAAGGGUGGGCUUGGUGAAGGAUACAAGACUUACAUUGCAGAAAAGGAAAUUCCUGAUGAGACAUACAAUGAGAAUGGUGUUGCAUUAUUCCGCAUCCAAGGCUCUGGACCAGAGAAUAUGCAAGCUAUACAAUUUGAACCAGUUGCAUCUUCGUUAAAUUCCUCUUAUUGCUACAUACUUCAUAAUGGGCCUGCUGUCUUUACUUGGUCUGGAAACUCUACAAGUGCAGAAGACCAGGAACUUGUUGAGAGGCUGCUGGAUUUGAUAAAGCCAAAUUUACAAUCCAAACCACAGAGGGAAGGUUCUGAAUCUGAACAGUUUUGGGAUUUGUUAGGAGGAAAGUCAGAAUAUCCCAGUCAAAAGAUCCUUAGAGAGGCAGAAAGUGAUCCUCACCUAUUUUGUUGUCACUUCUCAAAAGGAAAUUUAAAGUAUGAAAACCUGGGAGCACUGCUUCUUGCUACAAUGGUAAGAAUUGAAGAAGGAAAUGUAACCACAAUCACCUCUCAUCCUCAACCUCUUCAUCCCUCCCCGCCUUGCAUGUUGAUUCCAGCAUUCCUUUCUCCUAUCCUCAGCUGUCACGUGUCCAUUAUGUUUGAAAUUUCUCUUUCUUCUAUGAUGGAAUCCUCCAAUAGUUCCUAUGCAUUUGGCCUUGACCGCCCAUGGAUUGCGCAGGAUAAAUUACUUGGAUUCAUUUCUCUGCAAUGCAUUAAUCUGAAGCAAUAUUUUCAGGUGACAGAGGUAUACAACUUCUCCCAGGAUGAUUUGAUGACAGAAGACAUUUUCAUCUUGGAUUGUCAUUUGGAAAUCUUUGUCUGGGUUGGACAGCAGGUUGACUCCAAGAGUAGAAUGCAGGCUCUAACAAUUGGCGAGAAAUUUCUUGAGCAUGAUUUUCUUCUAGAAAAAUUAUCUCGUGUAGCUCCAAUAUAUGUUGUUAUGGAAGGGAGUGAGCCACCUUUCUUCACACGCUUCUUUAAAUGGGAUUCUGCAAAAUCUACAAUGCUGGGCAACUCAUUUCAAAGGAAGCUUACACUUGUGAAAAGUGGGGGUGCUCCACUUUUGGAUAAACCCAAACGGAGAACACCUGUAUCUUACGGGGGAAGGUCAAGUAGUGUGCCAGAUAAAUCCCAGCGUUCCUCCCGCAGCAUGUCUGUCAGUCCUGAUCGUGUUCGUGUGAGGGGCAGGUCUCCAGCCUUUAAUGCUCUAGCAGCUAAUUUUGAGAACCCUAAUGCUAGGAACCUUUCAACCCCGCCUCCUGUAGUUAGGAAGCUGUAUCCAAAAUCUGUGACACCAGAUUCUGCAAUACUGGCACCAAAAGCUGCAGCCAUAGCUGCACUUAGUUCUUCUUUUGAACAGCCACCUCCAGCACGGGAAACUAUGAUACCUCGGUCACUUAAAGUGAGUCCUGUAAUGCCAAAAUCAAACCCUGAGAAAAAUGACAAGGAGAAUGCUGUGAGCACUAGAGUGGAAUCUCUUACAAUACAGGAAGAUGUGAAAGAGAAUGAAGUUGAAGAUGAGGAAGGUCUUGUGAUUUAUCCAUAUGAACGCCUUAAAAUAACAGCGACAGAUCCUGUAACAAGUAUUGAUGUGACUAAGCGAGAGACUUAUCUAUCAUCUGCGGAGUUCAAAGAGAAAUUUGGGAUGUCCAAGGAUGCCUUUUACAAAUUGCCCAAAUGGAAACAAAAUAAACUCAAAAUGGCUGUUCAGUUAUUCUGA